AAAAUAAUUGUUUCAUUUGGUACCAUUCUUAUCCAAAAAAAAAAUUUGAAAAUUAUUCUUCACAAAUAUUGAAAAACUAUUGUCGUGUAUACUUCAACAAUUAAGGCAACCCCCUUAAUUAGCACUGUAUCUAGACAGAUAUCCUUAUUCAGACAUUUCAGAUUCUCUUUACAAUAAAUCCACCAACAUAUCUCUCUGUAUCUUUAAUAUCACAUCCUUACCAUCAACAUAUACCCUCCUCUAUUGCAUAUAAAUGUAUGUGUGUAUAUAUAUAUAUACACACACACACAUACUCCCUCACCUUCUACCAUCACAAUACUCAAAAAUGGAGAUCAUUUCUUCUCAAGUCUCAGCAAACUUACCAAGUGAGCUAAUUUUUGAGAUUUUCGUUAGACUUCCUGUGAAGUCUAUUGCAAAAUUCAAGUGCGUCUCCAAGCCAAUGUACGCGUUCCUGAGCGAUCUGAGAUUUAUUAAGAAACAUCUGAGUAUUACAGUCCUUAAGAAUCCAAAUCUCUGUCUCAAGCUUGAUUUUAGGCUUUUCCUUGUCAAUGAAGGAGAGGGAUGGCGUAGAGCAAGAAGACUCGUCGUACCAUUUGCGUAUUCACUCGAAAGGAUGGAAAUUUCGGGCUCAUGUAACGGCUUGCUUUGUCUGUCUGAUCAUAUCCGCGACGAGGAUAUCUAUCUCUAUAACCCCAGCACUGGCGUUUACCGGCUUCUUCCAUCGCCACAAUUCGACAUUCCUACAAACGAAAACUCAUGUUUCACUUCAUUAGGAUUUGGCUACAAUCCUUCUGAUGAUGAUUAUAAGGUGGUAAGGUGCCUAUAUCACUAUGACAAGCCUUUCAUUGACAUUGACUCCUAUCAAUGUGAAUCUCACAUCUACUCACUAAACACUAAUCGAUGGAAAAAGAUUGGUGGGAUUCCAUUGCAUAUUAGUUCUAGAUCCGCGGUGUGGCUUGAGAAUGACAUACUUGUUUGGAAAGCUACUCGAGGGAUCGGAAGAACGAAGCAAGUGUUGAUAGUUUCUUUCGGUAUGGACAGAGAAGAGUUCCUGGAGAUUCCACAGCCGGAUUGUAUUUACCCUGAUAAUAUUCACUACGAUAUUGGUGUGCUUAAUGGGUUUUUCUGUAUGUUCUAUCAGGCAAGAGAUGAUUAUUGUGAAAUUUGGAUGAUGAUGGAGUUUGGGAAGAGAGAUUCAUGGACAAGAACAUUUGCGAUAAGGCGGCCUGAGAUAGUGAAAGACUAUUACAUGUAUUUAAGGCCUUUGAAGAUGUUGACAACAGGGGAGAUCUUGAUUGAGGUUGGAGGUCAAGCAAUUGUUGUUUAUAGUCCUAAAGAUGGAGGGUUUAGAGGUGUAAAUCUUCAUGGAGCUCCAAAUCAGUUCAUUGUGAUUCCUUAUGUGGAAAGCUUCAUUUCCCCAUUCACAGGCUAACAAUGGAAGAAGAGCUAGGAGCCAUAGCAUGUAAUGUAAUUUUAAUGAUGGUUGAUAGUAAGAAAUAAUUACCUACACUCUCAUUCAGUCACUAACUUGAUGCCCAGGUCGUCGUCCCCAGCUACCAGAGUAGGCUGAUUCUGGUCUUGGACGAUUCCCAACACUGCCAACCUGCGCAAGAAAAUCCUAGUAAGAUAGACUAGUA